CGCUAGCUAGUUUGUCUCCGUCGAAGAAGUAGGCGUCGUCGAGGGCUCGAGAGAUCUUUUUUCCUCCGAUGGCCUCCGUGCAGCUGACCAGCUGUGCUGUGUGGUGUACUGGUGUGUGGGCUUAAUAAUUGUGGGGUAGAUUUGCAUUUGCAUCAGCACGAUCACAAAGCUUCUCCCCUUUAAAUAGGACAAGUCAUACACAGGAGUAGCCUAGUAAACAUCUCUCUCUGCCUCUCUCUCCAUCUGACUGCUCGACCAGCAGCAAUAGGCUCUGGUUUCCUCUUCUUGCAAGUUGCAUGCUCCCUAGUCCCUAGACUUGAACAGUUGAGCCCUUCCUGAUUUUGUGGUUCUAGACCACCUCUGGCUUGCAGCGAGAAGCAACGUUCGCUCGCAUGACGUUCCAGCUCCAAGAUUAGGUAGGUUCUUGGUUUCCUCCGGAUUUUCCAGCUUCGUUUCCAUGAUCUUUGAGAAAAGUUUGCGAAUGCACUUUGUCGAUUUUUUUAAACUGCAGUAGAGGUACGCUGAUAUCAGAGGCUAAAUAUCGGAUGACGCAUUGCAAUUGCAACCCUUUCCUAAGUUUUUUUCUUUCUUUCUGAUGGCACAAGUUGGAGGAACUGUUCUAAACACAGAAUAAUACUACCUCUUUCGAUGCGAAAAGUAUGCCAAUUUGGCCGUACAUUACGCCAAGUUGUGCUCUUGCUCUGAUGUUGAUCGGUCCCCUACGAACCAAGGGAUAAGAGUUUUGCUUCCUUUUGUCCCUCCACUGUGUUUGCGUUCGGUGUGGUGCUGCGCGCCAGCCUGCAGAAGAAGAAGAAGAAGAAGAAGAAGAGAAGAUAGUGGUGGUGGGUUCAAUCAGAGCGGUUCUUGGUGUCUGAAGAAACGCACAAAGCCGAAGUGGAAGGAAGAAUAAAGGGUGAGGUGAGCUAAGUCGUAGGCUGUCUGCCGCGCGCGUACCAUGGGUUGUGGGCUGUCGAGGGAGAAGGACGCCGGCGGCGGCCCACGGCGGCGGCCGGGGAGCGUCGGCGACGUGGUCGUGUUCCUCCCGGGGCUCCGGGUGCCGAGGAGCGUGGACUUCUCCCAGGCGCUCGCCGGUCGCCUCGACGAGGCCUCGUCGAGGCUGUCGUCGCUGCGGGCGCGGGUCGUCGACAUGGCAAUGCAAGAAUCGGCGGCGGCGCUGAAGCCGAAGCGGCGGGCGGCGGCGCGGCACGGUUCGAGCACUGCUAAUCUCCUACAGGCUCUGGAAGACUAUCUGCCAGUGCUGCUAGGAUUGGUGAAGGAAGGUAGCGAAUUGCGGCACGGAGUGCACUUCGUCUGGACUAACCAAGAGGAUAAUGCUGAGGAAACGGCCAUGGCAGAUGCAUGGUAUGAAGUGUUGUCCGUUCUGCAUUUGAUGGCCAUGGUCUGCUUGUUGCAGGCCAAUUCUCUGCUUCUUCCCAGGUCAUACGGUGAUGGUUAUGCGCCAAGGGUUUCUGAAGAGAGCAGACGAGCUACUGUUGAUGUUUUCUUGAAGGCAUCUGGCUACCUAGACUGCGCAAUUAGACAAGUACUACCCCAAAUAUCGUCGGAGUUAAGGAGACAACUUCCAGUAGAUCUGGCUGAAGGAAAUCUCAAAGCUCUUAGCCUGCAAGCUCUGGGUCAGGGAGUCGACAUGCAACUUGGUCUGGCAAUUGAUAGCCCAAAGGCCACUCUAGCGGUAAAACGGCGCUUAGCUUGCGAGAUGGUCAAAUAUUGGCAUCAAAUUCAGGAGAGCAUUCCAGAAAUUCCGGUAUCCGAUGGAUGGGGGAAAAAGCAUUUAUUGUUUGUUAAGUGGAAGUAUGUUGAAGCAAAGGCUGCAGCAUACUAUUUCCAUGGUUUGAUUCUAGACGAGGGAAACACAGAGAAAUCUCAUGGAAUGGCAGUAGCUGCCUUGCAAGCUUCAGAAGAAUUUCUGAAAGAAAGCAAAAGGGCUUCUGAAGCCUUCCAUGCAACUCCUCCAACAUCAAGGAGCCCCACUCCUUUCGGAACAGCUAAGUACAUGCUUGACAAGAUUCCAAAAGAUGCUUCAAGCAAGGUCAAGAUCAAUCAGGACCUGUAUACGCAAGAGAGGGUCAUUGGAACACCGCCUCCAUUGCCGGAUUUUGCGUUGGCUCUAAAACCUGACGACUACGAUCUUCCUCCAUUAGAUCCACUUUGGAACAAAGAAGACAGCCGUCAGUAGCAGUAUAUUCAGCAAGAAUGUGAAUGUUGUCUUUCAGAGGUUCAGGCUCUAGUAUACCAUGUCGAAGCCAGACGUGGUACGAAUGAAGUGUACAAAAUUUGUCCCAACAAAUUGUGGUGUCAGCAAAAUUUAAACAAGGCCUGGAGAUAAUCUCAAGAGCAUUGUACAGGCGAAUCUUAUUCUGACAAAGGAAAUGCUUUGCCAAAAAAAAAAGAAGAAAAAAACUAACCAUUUCAAAAGAUUCCAAUAUGACUCGUGGAUCCAUUUUCUCAGGAUUCCCUUCAGAA